AUGCAGCAGCCCUUUCCUUUCCAUCAGCAUCUCCAACUUUUUGCCUACCUCUGUUGGAUUCCCCUGUUGGCCAUUAGCACUGAGUCAGCUCCAUUAGCUCCCGAGUGCUCACCAGAGGGACACCACAUCCUCCGCAAUCCCCACCGCAGCACCAGGUUUGAUUCACUGGAGCUGCAGCGAACAGCGGUUCAGGACCUGGUUUGUGACCACUCCUUGCCACCAGCAUGGUACCGCUUCAUGAUUGGCAACAGGCCUGCAGAAAUGCCAACGAGAUGUAUUGAAAUGAAUAAAUGUGGGACACAAGCUCCAGUGUGGCUGUGGCUGAAGUCUGAAUCCCUGCCAGUUCCUGGUGAGAGCAAACGGCUCACGGCCUGUGCUACCUGGCAGGUCUUCUUCGGGGGCACCAAGGACUGCUGCUUGUUUCGGAUACCCGUCACCGUCAGGAACUGCGGUGAAUUCUUUGUGUAUCUCCUGCAGCCUACUCAGGGAUGCAUGGGUUACUGUGUAGAAGACAAGCUCACAAGCCUGGCUCUGCAACCAGUGAUAACUCCUGAGGUCAUGCGGGGCCGAGUCCACCUGAAGUGCACCUACAGCCGCCCACCAUCGCGGCCACUGCUGCGGUACACGGUGCUCUGGUCACGUCUGGCCACCCCUGGCAAGAAGGAGCAGAUUCAGCUGGACACCACCCUGCAGUCCUUCUCCUACAUAGAGAUGAACGGAGUGAAUCUCAGAUUGGGAGACACGGUCUUUUGCACUGUCACUGCUUUUAUGAGGGAUGCUCCCGAGCAGCAGUCACUGCCUGAAGAGAGCAAAGGUUUCUAUGCUGGGAUUAAGUUUUUACCAGAAUCACUAGAAAUUGCAGAGGAUGGCAAGGAGCAUAUUUUGACUAUUCUGAGCACUGUACCCAUUGCCUGUCCUGGGCACAACAACUCCUGUAAAAUUACUUUGCUGUUGAGUACUGAGGAUUUAGAUAGUCAAUUCUUAGGUCUCCCCAGCGUGGCCCUGUCGGCGUGCCAGGUGGAUCUACCCUGCUCAGGAAGCAGCUGUGCAGCCGCGGUGCUGAAGGUGACGGCGGUGACAGACUUCGCUCAGGGUGGGAAGCGCCGCAGCCGCAUCACAGCUCAGCCCGUUGCACCGAGGGAUUCGCUCUGGAGGACUUACACACCCAAGGAUGUCAAGGUCACAGUUCGAGACCUCCCAACAGGGAACUGCUACUCUUUCACUGAUCCACACAUUAUCACAUUUGAUGGAUGGCGCUACGAUAACUAUAAAAUCGGCACCUUCCUCUUGUGCCAGAGCACAUCCCGGCCGUUCGAGGUGCACGUGCGGCAGUGGGACUGCGGCGGUCACCGCUCUGCCACCGCCUGCAACUGUGGUGUGGCUGCACGAGAAGGGGCUGACACGGUGGUGCUGGACACCUGCAAUGGCCAUUUCCGAGAGAGCAGACCCCAGCUGGCUGUGAAAACCACCGAGGCGUCGCCACGUGUCAGAAUCUUAAAGUCCUACGGAGGGAGAAAAAUAACAAUCCUGUUCCCCUCAGGAGCAUUCGUUCGAGCCGACGUCAGCGAGUGGGGAAUGGGUCUGACAGUGAGGAUGCCAGGCAGCGACUUCAACAGCACCAGAGGUUUGUGUGGCCUCUUUGAUGGGAUCGGUCACAACGACCUGAGCAAUGUGCCCGAGGAGGACUUCAUAGAGGAGUGGAGAAUACCUCCAGGGAAGAGUUUAUUUGACAAGACUGUGGCACCUUCUGAGGAGAAGCAAAGGAAAACUUUCUGUAGAUGUCAGAAGGAAAGCACUAAGACCAUGCCCACAGUAAACACACUGAAUGCCUUUCAGACUCCUUUCCCUCAGUCCUCUGGUUGCCAUCAGGAUCUCGUGGAUUACACCUUUGCUAUCCCGUAUCUAGAUGUUACGUCAGCAUUUGUCACUCACUCAGACACUGAGGCUGCUUUAAGAGACGAGAAGAAACUGUUGACAAAGUCUUUUGAUGAAAGACACCUACCUAAAUCAGUGCAAAAGCGAGGUAGCCCCAAGGAGGGAUUGAAACCAGCCACACAUGUUUGCAUGAGAAGCAACAGUUCCAUUAACUCUACCAAACCAACAGAAGACCUAAGGAGAGCAAAAAGGCAAGACAACUAUUAUGAAUACUUACUCUUUCACCCAUUGCAUGGUCCAAGACAGAGAGACUCAGAGAGCUUUGCCUAUUUUUUCCCAGAGGAUUACUUUGAGGGGAUUCGGAUGAAACUUCCACUGGCAUGGCCCACUCCCAACGGCCUGACUGCUGCCAAAGCUCAAGAGAUCUGCCACCAAAUUCUUGCAGAUUCCACCGUUGGCUUAGCGUGUAAAAGUCUCCUUGGAAAACAGAUGGAUGAGGCAAUCGAUAUAUGCCUUUUAGAUCUGCAGCUCAAAGAUGAUGUGGCUUGGGUGAGGGCAUUGAUAGCCCUUUUGGAAAAUGAAUGUGAAAGAAGAGUGUUAGGAAACAGAGAGUUUCAAGUAGGAAACCAGCUAUCUGCUAUCCGGGAGGAAAUCCUCACCGUUCUCCGGUGUCCUGCUUUCUGUAAUGGCAAUGGACAAUGUACUGACCUGGGCUGCCAGUGCUUUGAAGACUACAGCUCCUAUGAUUGUAGCAUUGCCAAAAAGCAAGCUUUGGAAAUCACUGGCUUGGAGAACGAGGGUCUCUGUGACGUCCGUGUCUCUGAUUGCACCAGGAUCCGGGUGUUUGGCCUCGGCUUCAUAGACUCACCCAACCUCCACUGCAAGGUCACCAGAUUAAUUCAUCUCAAUGGCGAGUGGAUAUCAAGAGAACAAGAAACCACGAGAGCAGUUUUUCUCAGCUCGGAGGCUGUUGACUGCCAGAUUCCCCUCCUGAACAUUACAGACACAGAAGCUGUGCACUUUGUGGCCGGUGAUGAGCCCUUCGCAAGAUGGCAAGUGAAAAUCACUAACGAUGGCUUCCAGUACAGUAAUUCCAGAGUGCUGACCCUGUACGAUGCGGUUUGCCAGGCCUGCCAAUUCCAUCCAACUGGACUUUGUAAAUUAAAGGAAAAUACCUGCAAUAUAGAUGGACUUUGCUAUGGGGAAGGAGAGUCAAGCCCUACCAGUCCUUGUCUUCUCUGUGAACCUGACAUUUCUAAGUUCACCUGGUCUAUUAAUGAAAACAACCUGCCUCCUGUGUUCCAGGCCCCCUCCAGCCAGCUGCUGACAUUUAUUGGUGAGAAUUUUGUUUACCAGUUAAUAGCAGUGGAUCCGGAAGGGUCAGCGGUGCUAUUUAUCUUAGAGGCUGGGCCACAGGAUGCCAGGCUCUCUCCUGCUGGCCUUCUUAUCUGGAAAGUUGAUUCAGAAGAAACACAGACCUUUGAAUUCACUGUGUCUGAUGAAUGCAAUGCAGAGAGCAGAUACUCUAUCGAGGUUGGAGUGAAGCCCUGCAGCUGCCUCAAUGGUGGAACAUGUGUUACUAAUAUUAAAUUCCCUCCAGGCCUUGGUGAAUACCUGUGCUUAUGUCCAAAUGGAUUUGAUGGAGAAUUUUGCCAGGAAGAUAUUAAUGACUGCAAAUCAAACCCCUGUGGGAGUGGAACGUGUGUGGAUAGUGUGGAUAGCUACUUUUGUAAAUGUCCCCCUGGUUUAAGAGGGCUUACCUGUCAGGAUGACAGGAAUGAAUGUGAAGAGAGUCUUUGUUUCCCUGAAGUGUCUUGUGUGAACACCUUUGGAUCAUAUGUAUGUGGAGUUUGCCCCCACGGGAUGGAGGGAAAUGGUAAAACUUGCAAACCUGUGCUUGCUGCUGACAUUACAAAAGCUUUAAGCAUUGAAAAAGGUGAUGGCAAAGGUGAUUUGAACAAGAGUGAGGUUGAGCAGCCCCUGCAAUCCUUAGAGGCAAAGGAUUCUCCUGUAAUUAAGAAUUUUAACAUAAGUGGUAGACACGACCAUGCAGAACCACUGUUACAUGUUACUACCUGUGCCAGCAGGCCGUGUUUCCCUGGAGUCCUAUGCUUCGAUAGGAAACCGCCUUACGUUGGGUAUGUCUGUGGCCGAUGUCCAGCAGGGUUCUUUGGAAAUGGCCGGAUCUGCACAAAAGUCCCCAGAUCAGUUUCAACAGCAUCCCAAAGACACAUGGAUUUUGCUGGAAGAAAUAUUGAAGAUGUUAGAGCCUCUCACCAGGAAGACGUUUUAAAGACAUCAAGAAACAUAUAUGCCCUUCUUUCCCAAACCCAAAUUCCAAGACAAGAAACUACAUACUUUUUGGAAAGAAAUGCCACAGCCGUUAACUUGUCAUCCCUUAUGAUGAAAAGGAAGACUUCCCAGACGCUGUCAGCAAAAAAACUUGAUAUGAAGCCCACAGCACCUGAGAAACAAUCUUUUCUUGAGCAAAGGGAUACACACACCUUCCUUCUGCACGAGGAGCCAGACCCCAAAGCCACAACUGUCAGUGCGACAACUCCUACCCCUCUCCGCUUUAAACAAUACAAACCAGGUACAAUGUGGACUGUUCCUUCUCAUCUCAACACAAACACAAAUUCAUUCUUUGCAAGGCCAUAUACUGUUCAGCAAACUCCUGCCAAUUAUGGCCAUUCACCCAGGAAAUGGCCCAGUCCAGUGGAGACUAAACCAUCCCAAGGCUUCCCAACAAAGCAGCAGAGAGCAGCCCCUUUGGCAACACGCCUCACUCCUUUCCGCUUAAUAGGCUCUUCCCUUGACACAGCUCUGCGGAAAGUGAGUGUCCCAGCAGGGUCUGCUCCCCAGGCAAAGCUUCCAGCACUGACCACAGCAGCCAGAAAGGAGGACAACACAGCGAAAGAUCACGUGGCACUGCCAAAACCCAAAAGUGGGAUGCCUGAGGGAGCUGUUUGCUCUAACAUGCCGUGCUUUCCCAGCGUGCAGUGCAAGCCAGACAGAGACGGAGGACUUAAAUGUGGGCCUUGUCCCACUGGAUACACUGGGGAUGGAAUUACAUGUGAAGUGCAGUGUGAUCCACCAUGUGAGCACGGAGGAACUUGUCUACCACAAAAUACUUGCUCGUGUGCUUAUGGAUUUGUCGGUCCCCGAUGUGAAACAAUGGUGUGUAACAGACACUGUCACAACGGUGGGGUCUGUGUGUCACCAGAUGAGUGCAAAUGCAGGAAUGGAUGGAGCAGCCCUUCCUGUGAAACAGCUGUGUGCAAUCCUGUGUGCUUGAAUGGAGGGAUCUGCGUACGGCCAAACACGUGUACAUGCCCUUAUGGUUUCUAUGGGCCACAGUGCCAGAGAGCUGUUUGCAUUCCCCCUUGUAAGAACGGUGGGCACUGUGUCCGAACCAAUGUGUGUUCCUGUACCGAGGGCUACGCUGGAAGAAGGUGUCAGAAAAGUGUCUGUGAUCCCGUGUGCAUGAACGGAGGGAGAUGUGUACGGCCAAACGUCUGCGACUGCCCGUCUGGUUGGAGGGGAAAGCACUGCAAUAAACCUGUUUGCCUGCAGAAAUGUCUGAAUGGUGGAGAAUGCAUAGGUCCAAACAUCUGCGAGUGCUCUGGAGGAUGGGCAGGAAUGCUGUGCCAGACCCCACUUUGUGAGCAAAAAUGUCUAUUUGGAAGCAGAUGCAUGAGGCCAAAUGUCUGUGCUUGCAGAAGUGGCUAUACUGGUUCAGCAUGUGAAAAGAAGAUAAAGUAA